AUGGAACACAGAGCGUGCCCAAACUACAUUUCCCACAAUGCUUUUCUCGACGUAUUAACAGCUGACUGUCGAGUCCCGCUUCAUGGCGAGUCGGAUCUCAGUGGAGAGUUAUUUGUGAGAUGGGAGUGCAGGAGGAAAAACUCAAGCCGGUCGAACAGUGGAAGUGGUGAAGACUCUCUGGACAGACUCCUCCCUGCGGUCAGCACCUCUCGCAGGAAAAGCAGCACUCUGGGUAAAACCGAACAUCCACUGCUCCGCACCGGCACACGUACCAUCUACACAGCCGGCAGACCGCCAUGGUACAACGAACAUGGAGCACAGUUUAAAGAGGCCUUUGUUAUUGGUCUGUGCGGUGGCAGUGCCUCUGGAAAAACUUCUGUAGCCAAUAAAAUCAUUGAAGCUUUGGAUGUUCCUUGGGUGGUUUUGCUAUCUAUGGACUCAUUCUAUAAGGUUCUGUCUCCAGAGGAACAAGCUCUGGCUGCCCGUAACGACUACAACUUUGACCAUCCUGGAGCUUUCGACUUUGAGCUGCUUGUGACCACGCUGCAGAAACUCAAACAGGGAAAAAGUGUAAAAAUCCCAGUCUAUGACUUCACUACACAUGGACGCCAGAAAGACUGGAAAAAUGUUUAUGGUGCCAGCGUCAUUAUCUUUGAAGGCAUCUUGUCCUUUGCAGACAAAGAGCUCUUGCAGCUGAUGGACAUGAAGAUUUUUGUAGAUACAGAUUCAGAUAUCCGGCUGGUACGGCGGCUGAGGAGGGACAUCACAGAGAGAGGGCGGGACAUUGAGGGGGUCAUUAAACAAUAUAACAAAUUUGUAAAACCAGCCUUCGAGCAGUACAUCGAACCCACCAUGAGACUUGCAGACAUCGUAGUGCCACGUGGUGGAGGUAACAUGGUGGCUAUUGACCUGAUCGUUCAGCAUGUUCACAGCCAGCUAGAAGAGCGUGAGAUUAGUGUCAGGGCACUCCUGGCCACGGCCCAUCAGUCCCAGCCGCUUCCUCAGACUCUCAGUGUAUUGGAAAGCACACCACAGGUUCGCGGUCUGCACACCAUCAUCAGGAACAAAGACACCAGCCGUGAUGAGUUCAUCUUCUACUCAAAGAGACUGAUGCGGUUGCUUAUUGAAUAUGCGCUGUCUUUCUUGCCCUCCAAGGCCUGUUUCAUCCAGACACCACAAGGCCAAGAGUAUGAGGGUCGCAGAUUUAGUGGGAAAGGGAUCACAGGUGUGUCUGUUCUCCGGGCCGGGGAGACCAUGGAACCUGCUCUGAGAGCCGUGUGCAAAGACGUCCGUAUCGGCAAGAUUCUGAUCCAGACUAAUCUAGAUUCAGGAGAACCAGAGCUGCACUACCUGCGACUGCCCAGAGACAUCAGUGAGGACCAUGUGAUACUGAUGGACAGCACCGUUUCCACAGGAGCGGCGGCCAUGAUGGCAGUGAGGGUGUUGCUGGACCAUGAUGUCCAGGAAGACAAGGUUUUGUUGGUGUCUCUGCUGAUGGCGGAGCUGGGUGUUCACUCAGUGGCUUACGCCUUCCCUCGUGUCAAAAUCAUCACCACUGCUGUGGACAAGAGUCUAGAUGACCUCCUUCAUGUCAUUCCAGGCAUAGGAGACUUUGGUGACCGUUACUUUGGGACAGAUGGGAUUUCAUCAUGGAGUGACAAAGAGCAGCAAGAGGCACAUAGCUGCUCACCGGAGGUUUGACCCGCUGUUCAAGCAAUUCAGGCAGCUGUGCAUAGCGAGGAUCAACACUUACCGUAAUUUCAUAAAACCAGCCAGGAACAAAAAUAGAUUUGCUAGCACACUCAUGAGGUGCAGUAUUUGUCGCACUUCAUUUUAUGACCGUAUGUUCAUGAUAGGAUCUAAAAAAG